AUGACGGCAAUCCCCUGGAAGGAGGCAGCAGCGGCCAAGAGACAAUCCAUUCUAGACGCCAUCCCUCCCAAGUGGCGAAUCAAUAACCCCAUUCCACCUCCGCAGGAGCUUCGCGAUGUCACUGGGCCUUACAUACAGCAGUUCCUGACCCCACGAGAGAUAGAAGUCACCGAGACCGAUGCAGUGGGCAUCGCAGAGAAGACAACCUCGGGGCAAUGGACCGCACUAGAGGUUACAGAGGCAUUCUGUCAUCGAGCUGCUCUUGCGCAUCAAUUGGUGAGCUGUCUGCAUGAGAUCUUCUUCGAUGCAGCCAUCGAAGAUGCGAAGCGUCUGGACGCCUAUUACGCCGAACACAAGAGACCCAGCGGGCCCCUCCAUGGUCUUCCAGUCAGCUUGAAGGACCAGUUCCAUGUCAAAGGAGUCGAAACCACCAUGGGGUAUGUUGGUUGGAUCGGCACGUUCCAGGGAAUCAAAAACGACCCAAGACGGGGCAUCUUUGAAAGUGAACUGGUCCGCGAACUCCGUAGCCUCGGGGCGGUCUUGUAUUGCAAGACGUCGGUACCGUCUACGCUCAUGUGUGGGGAAACCGUGAACAAUAUCAUCACGUAUACGAAGAACCCGAAGAACCGACUGCUUUCUUGUGGAGGAAGCUCUGGGGGUGAAGGGGCCCUGAUUGCACUGAAGGGGUCGCCGGCCGGAUUUGGUACUGAUAUUGGGGGUAGCGUCCGCAUCCCUGCUUCCUUCAACGGUCUAUAUGGAUUACGGCCUUCUUCGGGGCGGAUACCAUAUGAAGGUGCUGCAAACUCCAUGGAUGGACAGAAUACCAUUCUCUCCGUUAUUGGACCGUUGGCCGCAUCGGCGGGCUCGCUGAAGCUGCUCUUCAAGGCGGUGCUCAGCCAGCGACCGUGGUAUUAUGAUCCACUCGUGACGGAGCUGCCCUGGCGUGAUGAGAUGGAGGAAGAGACCCGUACGUUGAUUGAACAAUCGACACCUGGUGCUUCUAAGCUUGCUUUUGGGAUCGUGUAUCACGAUGGAAUCGUCCAUCCUCACCCACCCAUCGCAAGAGCCUUGAAGAUUGUCGAGCAGACACUAAAGAAACUUGGGCAUAAUGUUAUCGAGUGGAAACCACCCUCUUGGACCAUGGGUUAUGACCUCGCCUCCAGGACCUACAGUCUCGACGGAGGAAAAGAUGCGCGGUAUCAAUAUGGAUUGUCGGGCGAAGAAGGGGCGCCUCAAAUUCUUAUUGAACAUGGUGACGAGAAGACGGCCUCGGACAUUGCUGCUCUCAAUGUGGCGAAGCGAGAAUACCAGAAGCUUUACAUGGAUUACUGGAACAGCACGGCGGAGCUGACUGGUACGGGACGACCGGUCGAUGGAGUGAUCAGCCCAUGUGCGCCACACGCCGCUGUUAUCCCGACCAAGUAUGACCACGUCGGAUAUACCGCCAUCAUCAACGUUCUGGACUAUACAAGUGUGGCAUUCCCCGUGACCAAUGCCGAUAAAACCGUGGAUGUGCCGCCUUCUGGCAUUGAGUUCCUGAGCGACCUAGACCGGAAGGUGCAAGGUGACUACGACGCAGAAGCUUACGAUGGAGCUCCGGCUGGACUUCAACUGAUCGGACGUCGAUUCCAGGAGGAGAAGAUGCUGACGCUGGCGGAGUAUAUUGGGGAGCAGGUGAAGAAGGCAUGA